GCACAAUGGACAGCUGUACGAUGGACUGCUCCUACUUCACAUCCGCUCUACUCGGUCAUUACAUCUUUGCCAGAAUCACGCCAAGGGACGCUUUUAUGUGCAAAAACUUGAGAGCAAGAUCAUUAGAACACCACAGGAGCAGGAAAAAUCAUCGAUAUACAGCGUGCUUUUGGUCCAUUAUCACACUGGCUAUAGAAGAAGUAAACAAAUAAUUAGUGGUAAAAUAAAU